UUCAGUUUCGUGUCUCCGAUUGUACAAAGUACGUGCGCGCAUAUCGCUCGUAUGCAGUAGAAAGAGAGAGGCGACGAGAGGAGGAACGAUAGUGCGCGCGCGAGAAAGAGAGAAAGAGAGAGCGAGAAAGAGGGACAUGACAGCUACAAUAUUGCGAUUGUAUUGGUGAUUAAUCAAAGGCCUCGCGAAAAUGGCCGAUGGACGCGAGUCACGGGUGUUUUCCACGAAGAGCCUGUACGAGCUGAGCGUGUCCGCGGUCGCGGACAAGUUCUCCAGCUACAAGGCGUAUCUCACUUACCUGCCCGAGAACGUGCUGUUCGAUAUCUACUAUCAGUUGUACAGAGAGAAGAGACUAUGCCUGCUGGGGAUGGAGCUGAGCGACUUGGAGACUUUCUCCAAGAUCCUCAAGGUCACCAACCGCCGGAUACAUCUCUUGCAAACCUUCCAGGCUUUGAUGGAUCACGGGACGAAGGUGGGGAAGGAAUUGGCGAUCAACUAUGACUUGUGCUGCUUCAGUGUCAGGGAAAAUCCAGCUGAGCAGGACAAAAUGAUAAACCUCGGUCUGAGACUCGGCAGUUUCCUCAGCGACGCCGGCUGGUACGUGGAGAGCGAGCAAGUACUGUCGACCUGCAGGAGUUUGUGUAUCGCCUACAACCAAACCCCCCAGAAUUGGUGCAGAACAUUAGAUUGUUGUCACAAGCUGUUACACGCACAAGCGGCGUACUGUGCUUUCCGCGGGGCAGCGAAAACUCACGAACUCGCCGUAAAAAUGAUAGAACAAUUGAAGAACGUGGGUUAUUACGACAGCAAUCACGCUGCGCUUUUUGCGGAGUUCAGCGUGCUAUUCUUCAUACGCAGUGAAUACGAUCAAGCUUACAGAUGGAGCAUAGAGGCGUUACAAUACCUAAAUCCGUCACUUCCCGCGCGAGUCAUCAUCGAUGUUCUUAGACAAGCGGCGAAAUCGUGCGUCGUCAAGCGGGAAUUUCAAAAGGCUGGUUUACUGAUCCGAGAAGCAGUGUACCUCGCGAGAGAAGUGUUCGACACGGAUCACCCGAAGUACAGUGACGUUCUCAUCGAUUACGGAUUCUAUUUACUGAAUUACGAUAGCAUCAUCAAUAGCGUAUCUGUCUACAAGACUGCAUUAGACAUUAGAAAAGCGAUAUUCGGCAAGACUAAUCUCCACGUUGCAUUGGCGCACGAAGAUUUGGCGUAUGCUCUCUACGUUUACGAAUACAGUUCCGGCAAGUUCGACGAGGCAAGCGACCACGCCGGACUAGCUAUAGACAUCAUAGAAAAACUCUUACCUGCGAAUCAUCUGAUGCUUGCGAGCGCUAAGAGAGUGAAGGCGCUCAUACUCGAGGAGAUCGCUAUAGAUAACGCGUCCACGCCGUUGUCCGAACAGAGCUUGUUGCUGAAAUCUGAGUGUCUCCAUUUGUCCGCUUUACAGUUAGCGAAGACCGCCUUCGGCGAGAAAAACGUACAAACGGCGAAGCAUUACGGGAAUCUGGGACGCCUGUACCAGAGUAUGAGGAAGUUUCAGGAAGCGGAAGCGAUGCAUCUGAAAGCUAUUAGUAUCAAAGAGGAACUGCUGGGUCCCGAGGAUUACGAAGUGGGUCUGAGCAUAGGGCAUUUAGCUUCCUUAUAUAAUUUCCACAUGAAUCGUUACAGAGACGCCGAGAAGCUCUAUUAUCGUAGCAUCGCGAUCAGUUUAAAGCUGUUCGGGAAGAGCUACAGCGGUCUGGAAUACGAUUAUCGAGGGCUCCUGCAUGUGUACAGCAAGUUGGACGAUUUUGAGAAGAUACUGGAGUACACGGACACGCUGACACACUGGAAGGAACUUAGAGACAAACACGCUCAAUCUGAGGAUCCGCCGAUCGAUCUGCAAAAACGUCCACAGCCAAUCUCAGCCAUACUCAAUCUGUUCUUUUCUAUGUGAUAAUAAGUGUGUCAUUCGAAUCUUACGUACAUUGUAUGUCGUCGAGCAAACUGUUGGUCUCUGUUGCGUUCAUAAGACAUUGGGCCAAAGUAGAAAUUGUAUAACUCACACUAGGAAUUUAUAAAUCACCGAUCCGGUCGUAUGAUUAACGAUUGUCUGUCUUACGUCAAUAUUUUAUAUUACACGUACGGUAAAUAUCGUAUUGACGUCGCAAGCUAUUUCUUAUCGGCUUGAUAAUUGAAUUCAAGUGACACGUUUAUUGGAAAUACUCGGUGCAUAAAGGAACUCGAUUCAAAUUCAAGAUUACGAAUAUGCAAGGCUAGAGGCAAAGCGCAGAGGCAAACGAAGAGCAACGUGUGCGACGUUUAACACAGCACUUAUAAUCAAUUAUCUGCGCUCAAAUUGGCCUUUAUUUAUCGGUUUUCUCGUCGUAACGAUGAUUGAAAUUUAAGUUUAAGCUCAUUCAAGUAUAAGCUCAUUAUUUAUCUUGAGAUCAUCGAUGACGCUGCGAAACGAACGUUAUAUAUGGGGUAAUGCUUGAGUUUAAUAAUUACUUGAAAUUGAAAAUUCUGAUCGCGUCUCUCACUCGAUGUUGAGAAUCAAAAUAUAUAUAUUUUAAUAUUUUUUUUGUAUUUAUAUAUCUCAUUUUAAUAUAAAUUUUUUUCAAUC